UCUCAGCAGCUGCUCAAUACGUACUCAGACCAUGGGUUUGCAAAUUACCCUGGAAAGAAAACUGUUUAUUUAAAUGUUUUUUGAUUUUUUUUUCAUUUUAGAAAGUGGUAUAAAGUUUAAUAAGUAGAAGUUGAAAUGGCAGUUCAUACAGCAAUUAUGAAUCCUCACUUUAUGCAUUUUUGUUUCCCAGGAUCUGUCAUGGACUAUGAAAUACACAAAGGCUAUGAUGGAAUGCUUCUAGGAGAUCUGGAGUCUGAAGGAGAAUUCAAGGAGACAACUAAGGAUCUGUUGAGCUUUAUUGACACUGCUUCAAGCAACAUUAAACUGGCGCUGGAUAAGCCAGUCAAGUCUAAGAGAAAGGUGAACCAUAGGAAAUACCUCCAGAAGCAGAUCAAGAGAUGUACAGGUAUAAUAACUCCGGGCCAGGUCAGCCAGGACACAGUCAAGAGACAAGCUUUGCCUUCAUCAGUUUCUGGCAGCAGCUUCCAGUGCAAACCACCGCCAAAACGAGAAGGUUCUCAGGCCAGUUUACAGAGCAAGAGCCUUGCUGCCCUGUUUGAGUCAGCUAAGGACAUCAGAGGGGAAAAGGGUAAGAAGCCACCCUUGAGACACCGCAAUCUGCCUCCUUCUUUUUUUACUGAGCCUGCAAAUACCUCCAAAAUGUCCUCUACAUCAGGUAUGACCCUUAAAGAUUUGGAGAGAGGCAACCCUGAGGUAGCAGACUUUUUUGAACUUUUGGGUCCUGAUUAUAGCAAUAUGAUCAGCGAGCAAGAGAUUUUCCAGGGAAGAGUUCAUCAGGAUCUGGGGCUGGAGCCGACAGCCUUUGAUCCUCCCCACCUUUUAGGAGGCUUCCUCUACACAGAUCCUUGGAAUACUUGUAGCACUGAAGGGAAAAAGAUGCUGGUCAGCAAUCUCAGCCUAAGCGACAGCAUGAGAACUAUGCCAGGGCAACCAUCAUUAUAUGAGAACUCAGAUUCUUCCAGUGCUUCCCCAGCGGAGGACAAUGCACCCAGCUUGCCUGCUUUCCCACAUUUUUUUGCUGACUGCUCCAUUCCACAGGUUACAUAUGACUUUGCCAAUGGAUACAACAGAACAGGAUUUCCUUCCCUUUGAGAGAGCAUCUUUCUCUGCAUUCUUUUUUGGACUAUCUGCUGAUGUUAUUUAAAAGUUUAAGUUUUCACACCCGAGCAUGGAGAUAUGAUUAAUGUUCUGAAAAGCAGCUCUCAUUGUAGCACCGAUGUGCAGUCCGAACAAAUCAAUACUUUUACUGCACUGGACUCAAAUGUUCUACUUAAAGCUAUUUAGGCAAGUCUGGCACUUUUAUUUCUUUUUUUUAUUAAUAUCACAUUUCCAUCUACUAAGAAAAGGCACAAAUUAAUUGACAUUUUAUAUUUAUGCAAUGUUCAUAAAUGUUGGAAAGAAAGAUAAGGAGUGAAUGGCUUAAAUGUAAUAUUUAGUCAUGUUUAAUGUUGCUAUAUACUCUACUAAAAUUGUAUAAGGUGGAAAAAUAUAAAAUGUAUUUCAAAGAAUUAGUACAAAAUUUACAAGUUGAAGGGGAAAUUUGUGCAUCGUUUGGUUUACUUUUAUAAAUAUUCUUAUUGAUCCCACAACAUACAUCACAUUUCUCUUCCCUUUAAUUCAGUCAUCACUGGAACUGAAGGAAACAUAGAAAACAAACACUGCAAAGAUCUGGCUUUAAAAAUAUAUCUUGUAAUAUACCUCCACUGUGUUAAUCUAUUUUUUCUGUUCUGCUCCAUUUUGUGGAUCUGUUUUAUAAUGCAUACUGGCAAAGUACUUAAAUGCACCUUUUUAUUUUUCUUCAAGCAAUUUAUCCUGACACGCAUUCAUUUUCCAAAUCUGCUUUCCCUAUUAUAGUAUGAAAGUAUAAAGGGCCAUGCCACAGCCACAUUGGGUGCAGGAUAGAACUGGAUGCCAGUUCAUGACACGCAUACCCACAGUCAUAUGUUGCCAUCUCUAGGAGUACAGGAGUACUCUGUGAAAAUCCAUGCAGAUACAGGGAGGCCACAGGAAACUCCAUCACUUUCAUAUACACUAUUCCAGAUAUGGAGUCAUGAAUUAAUGUCAUACACAUUUUUGUCUGGUUUCAUUCUGAAGAAAUAUACAUUAAAAUAUACAUUAAGGGUACUCACUCCACAUGGGCAGUGGUCUGAGUGGGAAGAGAGCCGGGAGAGUGUAGAUCACUGGGCCAACAUGCUGCCUUCAUACAAAAUUAAAAUGGAGCCUUCAGAUAUGAACACUUGUAAUCCUCCCCUAAGUGGAUGUAAUAUAAUAUUAAUAUUUUGUUGCCGUUCAAAAAUAAACAUUUCAGUCUGUGCACAUCUCAGUUUUAUAACUUAAACAAAAACAGGAUUGUGCAACUCUAGACAACUAGCAUUGUCUUCCCUUCCAUUGUGAAAUGUUUAUUCUUAAUAUACUCCUCUAACCGACCAUCUGCUGUGCCAGCUAGCUCCAGUUCAGACUGACCGAGAGCUGGAAUCUGUCUCAGUAAGGCAAGAACCAAUCCUGGCUGGGAGGCCCAUUCCUCAAACACCCCCAGGCAAUGAUUUUUCAAGUAUUAUAAGGUUUAGUGACAACAAAUUGAAUUGAUCUGAGUAGUUCCUUAGAGUCACUUAACUCACAUGUCUCUGAGAUGUAGAAGGAAACCUGGAGUAGUCAGAAAAUAAACACCCUAAUAAAAUGUGUACUUGUCAUUUUGAAAGCUUGAGCUUGUUGUCUUAUGCAAAUCUUUGAGCUGUAGCUGCAUUCGCUCGAAACAGUUUUUUGACAGUAAUGGUUAUCACACUUUACAAGAAUAUAUGCCUCAGUGUCCUUCACCAUGAAUGUUGCGUUUUUGUUUAAGCCAUUAUUAUUAGAGUAUGUAACCCGAAGUCAUAGACGUCAUGACAAAGGCAGACUGACCUGCAAUGGACCUUAUGUGAGUGUGUGAGUGAGUGAGUGUGUGUGUGUGUGGAUUUUGUGUAUUGUGUGCCUACUGCAAAUUUUGGGAAGCCACUUACAGUAACUCUCUAAUGCAGCUUAGUAAAUAACAUAAAACUUACAUACAGUAGCAGCCUCAUUAUUUAAGGUUGUUCUUUUUAAUAUAGAAGAAAAUUAAUACGGCAAAUCAUUUUCAGAAACAGCUAUUUAAAUUUCACAGUUACUCGCAAGUGACCAAGACCGGAGAGAGAGAGGCACGGAUGAGGUUGAGCUUAUACAAAAUAUACACUUUUUAAGUUAAAAGCAGAAGAAAAAAUUAAAAAAUUUGAUGUCCAGUUUUAAAACAGCUCCUUCCCUUACCAUAGCUACUUUAUCUUACAAUAACUUAAUGGAGUUAAUUGAAUCCUCAGUAAAGGCAAGUUCCACUCAAACAAAGUAAUUUUACACAUGAAAGUUGCCUUCAGGCCAUAAAAAAUAGUUCCAACCCCCUUUUCUCUCUCUUUAGUCCAAAGAGUACUGAUGUCACCUCAAGAUAAAAGCCAAACUCAUGGCUAAAGAAAGCUAGAGACUUGAAUUAAUCUUUCUAAUCAGCAUUCGAAACAGUUUGUAUGUGGUGUAACUGGACAACAUUCUCUACAGAUUUUUUUUUGAUGACUUUAGUCUUCCUGGCUACUGAUGUAAAUAGUUUGAACAUUUCAUGUACAUUUCUGAGCUUAAUGACUAAAUGGAUGAUGCCUAAAGAAAAGCCACUGAUGAAAUUGCUUGAACCAUGUCUUGGUCCUGAAGAAUCCGAUGUAAUUAAAAACAAAACUAUCAUCUUAUACAAUAAGCCACCCAUAAAAUGUAGUGUCACCUAGACUUUCUGGAGAGCUGGGAGUUUAAUUAUACUUUAUCAGUAUGUGCAAAAAAUGAAAUUUAUUAUAAAAAAUAUAUAAAAAAAGCAUGAUACUCUUCUGACCUGUUUGAUCAUUAUGUGAAAAGUUUACUAAUUAUACAAGUAAUGUGUACACAAUGUUUCUGUAUUUCACAGUGGUGUUCAACAUCUGUUUCCAACUUACAUUGUACAGUAAGUAAGGCAAAAUAAAGCUGGUCCUUUAUUUGCACAAAUAGUUUUGUUCUUCCUUUACUGUUGUCAUUCUAAUAAGUGCGCUUUUUCUCUGCUGGACAGGUCAAAUAAUUCACGUGCUGUCCAUCAGGUAGUAUGGAGGCAGGCCUGUUCAGUCAGUGCAAAUGUAGAAAAGCAGCUUUGUUUAUCAUUCAGCACUGAUUUGAAUAGAAUAAAAUCCAGUCACAAUAUACUAUAUGUCUUUGAGAAUAAUUAGUAUUAUGUUGGUUAUGUAAUUAAUUUGCUACUCCUGAGGGUUUUAUUUAUUUUCAUUCGGAAAAUUGGCACCCUUUAAAAAUUGUUGAUUAGACAGUGCUUUGGCAAAUCUGUUAUACAUACUG